UUCCAGAGCGAGAAAGAACGCGUACAGACCAUUUCCGCUCCGAGGGAACUCCUGACUCCCUCCUUCUCCUCGACGCCCGAUGGUUGUCUCGGCGGUGUUUCCGGUGUGGACCAGCGAAUGCGAUUUGAAAAAACAAAGUUUUUUCUGAAGAGCGAGACUGCACCUUCUCCCGAGAGAAGUCUCUCUUCUCUCUUCACUUCUGGUACAUCCUCCGUUCGUCCUUCCGCCAGGCGAAAAGGGGAACUCGUCGUCCCUCGCGGUUCGCAGUUUCAGAGCUGCAGAGAGACACCGCACUUGCCGCGAAGCGGGUGCAAAUGUCUCUCCCAGAACGCAGAGCUGUCUAGAGGAAAUAAGAAAUUCGACGCGCUUCUUUCAUAAAGACUUUGUUUCUUCUCAUCGCGCAGAAGCCAUUCAGACGGAGCGCCCCUCGCCUCUCAACUCUCGCCGGCGGUCAGCACUCUGACCUCUGCAUCUUCUUCUUCUUCUUCUCCUUCUUCUUCUUCUCCUUCUCCUUCUCCUUCUUCUUUGUCGUCCCCAUUUGGGCUUCUUUCGCCUUCCAUCCGUUUCUGCGAGUUCUUCGCGGCGCCUUUGCAAUUUCGAGGCUUCAGUUCGCAGAAGGGACUGCGAUUGCCGACACAAAGAGCUCAGCUUUUCUCGCCGGCUUCGCUUCUCUACUUUCUCUCCCCCAGCGCGUUUCUCUCUUCACCAUUGUCGCGAGUCGCUAGGAAGAGAGCUAGACGUAUUCUUGCCUCCGCUUUGCCCUCCCCUUCCCCCUGCGGCUUUCUUCUCUCCAGCCGACUCUCUGUCUUCCUCUCGCUCUCAGGAGUUGCUCCCUCGUCCUGCCGCUGCGUUUCUUCUUUCCUUCUUCAGUCUUGCUUCCUCUCCCGGCCAGUCUUCUCCCGUUUUUGUCUCGUCUCCCCUUGUCUCUGUGUCGCCUCUCCUUGCCUCGGCAGUUUCUCUCGUUCUUGAUCAAGUUUUUCUCUGCUUUCCGAAGAUGCCUCAGCGACCGUCGUCUCCGCACCAGCUGGUGGCUGCUUCGGUGUUCGACUGCAAAGCAGACCGUCUCUGUUCGCCUUCUGGGAGCCGCGAGUCCGCCUCUGAGACGGCUGAGUCUCGCGAGUCCGCUCAGGUCCCCGCACCGGAAGAAAGUCCUUUUCCUGCGCUGCCCGGCGCUCACGCGUCGCUCGCAGAAAUCUCUUGCUGCCCAUUGCCGGCUCUGCACCUCAAGCGAGAAUGCGGCAGAGGCGAGGAGCUCGAGAACAGCCUCUCGCAGCGACUCGUCCUCGUCGCCAAAUGCGUCGACCCUCGCGCGCGCUCCAACCUCGCAGCCUCCACAGCGUCCGAGAAAGCGGAGAGCCUCUCGGCAAGCGCCGCCGCUGAACGAAGAAAAACAGCAGCACAAGAGGAAGGGAGAGAAGAGCAACCAGAAGAGCAGGCAAGAGAGGAAGGAGGAGAGGAACGAGGAGAGGAAGGAGGAGAAGGGGAGGGAGGAGAGGAAGGAGGAGAGGAGGGAGGGAAGGACGGAGAAGAGGAGGAAAGGGAACGCGGCGAGAGCGGGGAGUUCCAGAAGGUGGAUUUGUCCAAGCGUGGAGACAAGAGAGGAGAGCGGCAAGCCACAGAGGCGACGCGGCGCGAUGGAGGCCUUGCGGCGAAGCUGCUUGCGGUGGAGAGACAGCUGACGGAGACGCGGAAGCGAGACAUUUCGCCGGUCGUCUGCAGGCGGCGCAGGUGCGGCUCGGUCAUCGGUCCGCCGCCGGAAGACUCAGAAAAGACUCCACGAGAAGCGAAGAAGAGAAGAAGCAGCAUCCCAGACGCAGAGAGCCCGGUGAGGGCGGCCUCGCCCACGAGCACACCGCGCCUGGAGAAGCAGCGCAUGUCGAGAGAAGAAAAGGAGCGAGAAAGGAGAGAACAGGAAGAGCGCGAGCGAGAGAGGAGACGCGAGACGGAAGGCGAAGACUCUGAAGACUCGUCGCAAGAUGACUGAGACCUGCGCAGCGCGCGAAGUCGAAGCCAGACGACUCGCUCGCUGGCCACAAGGCCUCUGCACAUCGAGGGAACGAGAGAGAAAGUGAAGAGACAGCAGAACACUGGAGACAAGGUAGAACGGUGGGGGAGACAAGGUAGAACGAUGGAGACAAGGUAGAACGGUGGGGGAGACAAGGUAGAACGAUGGAGACAAGGUAGAACGAUGGGGGAGACAAGGUAGAACGAUGGGGGAGACAAGGUAGAACGAUGGAGACAAGGUAGAACGAUGGAGGAGAGGGAGAGAGAAAAACAGAGAUGAAAACUGCAGCAACGUGAGGAGAGAGAAGCAAACCCAUUCCAGAGGGGCGCACUCGAGAGCAUCGCCACCAGGGAACGAGAACGGACAGGUGUAUCCGCGCGUCACCGCAGCAGGAGCAUCCGACAGUUCCAGCGACCUUUUCAGUUCGACAGGCGCGCUCAUGCCGAAUCGUUUCUCUUUUGAUGUCGUGGAGCGGCAACGCUCUCUGCCUUACCGGCAUUUCCGCCUUCUCUCUCGACAGGCAGAGACACACAGACUCGCUCGGUGGAGAAGGAGGCGUGCGUCCACAAGGUGACGGUGGCCAGCUUCACUGUUUUUCACAGAGAAAAAGACAAAAGGCUUCCAGCCCUUUCGGCGUCGCCGUAGCUGGAUGCGUCCAAGCAUAUGCAACUGCAAAUCGAUCCUUACAUAUGCAUGCACAUAUACAUAUCUAUAUAUCUAUAUCUAUAUAUAUAGAUAUAUAGAUAUGUAUAUGUUUAUGCAUUUAUAUUUGUAUAUGUAUAUUUCAAAAUGUAUAUACAGAUAUAUAUAUAUAUAUAUAUGUAUAUGUUUCUAUGUGUGUCUUUGAGCGUGCGGUGGCGCCUGUGAAGCGGUGCGAAGGGUGACCGUCUCGUAAAUGUUUUUCUGCUGAAGAGGGGAGACUUUUCGCAUGUGAAAACGAGGGCUCUUGGCCAAGACGUCGAGACAGGCGAUUCGCGGAUUCGCAC